AAAUGGGGAAAUCCCUUACAUCAAACGACGUCGCUAGCGUUUGGCUUGCCUACUCCUCCCCAAGCAAAACAAACACACAGCCUCUUUAGGGUUUAUCAACCUCCCCUGUCCCCCAUUUCGUUGAACACAACCAUGGACGACGCAACUGCCCCAGCUCCAGCUCCAGCCCCAGCCCCAGUCCCAGUCCCAGCCCAAGACCAGAACCCGACCCCCAACGCGAACGCAGCUCCAAUCUCAGGCUGGAGCAACAUAGUGAAGAAGCAGGCAGAGCCAAAGCCCCAGACCUCGGAGUCAAACGCCACAACCCAAGUUUUGGUGGAGAGCUGCAAGUCCUCUAAGGGCAUAGCCAUAGCAGUGGUCGAUGCCAAUGCCAUCAUUCAAGGCGGAGAGAGCCUCAGCCACCGCGCCGACAAGUUGGUCUCCGUCCCCGAGGUCAUGGAUGAGGUCCGUGACCCUGUUUCCCGCCACCGGCUAGCCUUUGUUCCCUUCCAAGUCCAAACCAUGGAGCCUUCCCCGGAAGCUCUCAACAAAGUUAUUAAGUUUGCAAGGGCUACCGGGGAUUUACAGACGCUUUCGGAUGUGGAUCUCAAGCUUAUUGCUCUGACUUAUACAUUGGAGGCUCAGAUACAUGGAACUGAAAAUCUCAGGGACUGUCCUCCCCCAGUUCACACAGUCAAUGUCAGGAGGUUGCCUGAGAAGGACUUGCCGGGUUGGGGCAAUAAUGUGCCCAAUUUGGAAGAGUGGGAAGCUCUGGAAAAUGCUGCGGAGGACAAUGUCAACCCCAGUUCAAGAAUUCUUCCGUUGAAAAAUAUAAGCCUGAAUGUGAUGGAUUCCGAUAGUCGUUCUGUUGAUGGUUCGGCAGUGGAAGUUAAAAGUGAUGCUCAUUCUGAAAAUCAGGAGGAUGGUUUGGGCAUCGAAAGGAGACCUAGGAGAAAUUUUCCCAAGAAGAAAGAGAUAAACAUUGAAGGGAAGAAGAUGGUUUCGGACGGAAUUGAUGCAUCCCAAGGACAGUUUGAUGAUAAUGCUGGGGACUGGAUGCCUGCUGUCAGUCGAAGUACUCAUAGGAGGUUUUUGAGAAGAAAAGCUAGACGUGAGUCCAAUGAGGCAUUAUCUGAAAAGGAUGCUCAGCAAGAUGCAGAGGAAAAUGCAAGUGGCGACAUACUUGAGGAAGCUAGAGGCCAGGAUCAAUCGUUGCCUGUGGACUCUAAGGAAGCAUGUCCUGAAAAUGGAAUUUCUGAGGCGAGUGAGAUGACAAAGGCGAAGAAUGGUGAUGAAGGCCUCUCUUCAAUCCUGAAGCAAACAAGGCUGGAAGAAGAUGAACUAAGGACUCUUCAAGAAGGAAAGGAGCUCAAUGAUGUAGAGGCUAAUGAUCCCAAAGCAGAGGAAGCUACUACUGAUAAUAAUGUGAAUUUGGAUGUUGAAGGAGGUGAAGUUGAAAUGAUAAAUGAAGAGUUGGAUCACUUGGAGAUCUCAAGUCAGACUAAUGAAAGCGUUGAUACAUCCAAUUUGAAUGAUGAUCAUAGUGAGCAGAGCUGGAUGCUUAGAUCCUUGUCUGAGUCCAGUGUAGCUUGUAUAACUAGUGAUUUUGCAAUGCAGAAUGUUAUUCUGCAGAUGGGUUUACGGUUGCUGGCACCUGGAGGAAUGCAGAUCCGACAGCUCCAUAGGUGGAUUUUGAAAUGCCAUGCCUGCAAUACUGUGACUGGUGAAAUUGGGAAAAUUUUCUGUCCGAAGUGUGGAAAUGGUGGUACUUUGCGCAAGGUAGCAGUUACAGUUGGUGAAAAUGGCAUUGUUCUGGCAGCUCGUCGUCCUCGGAUCAUAUUGCGUGGCACAAGAUUUUCACUGCCUUUACCUCAAGGAGGAAGGGAUGCCAUUACUAAGAACCUCGUUUUACGUGAAGAUCAACUCCCACAAAAGUUUCUUCAUCCAAAGACAAAGAAGAAAGCAAAUAAGGAGGGGGAUGACGUAUUCACUACCAAUGACUUCAUCUUCUGCCACCAUACUGAUAAAAAAGCUCCUUUGCAGCCUCCCAUAAGGAAGGCACUAGCUGUUUUCAGUGGAAGGAGGAAUCCCAACGACAAUCAUUACUCGCCGAAGCAUAAAUAGCGGGUUUCAUUAGCUUUUGAUUGCGAUGGAUUUUUUAAACCAGUUUUGAUAUUUGAGCAGUUUCUUUGUUAGGAUAUGUUGAGUGUGGCCUAAUGAUUUGUGGGUAAUUUAUGUAGUAUUUAUGACUAUAUAGCAUACGAGAGCAAUUCCAUGUGGUUCUUUGAGUACAAACAUGCCUGUAUUUUCAGACUAUCAUUUGUAAGGUCUGAAACUUGGAAAGGAAUGCACGAAUUUGCUGAGGGACAAAAAA